CGACAUGUCAUUGUUGCUUGGUGUGAGGCUGCCUGCUUACCUACGAUACCUACCCAGGCCUCUCCUUCCUUUCCACCUCGCCUGACGCCCUCCAGAACGGUUCCCGCGCUCGCAACUCUGCGCAUUUUCUGUCGUUCCUGCCAAGAAGAACCGUUGGCCGUCGCAUUGGAAGGGUGUGCCGAGUUGGAGUCGACCUGCAAAGUGAAGGGCUUGGUUGCUGUGUUGUUGGUGAAUUGGUGAACCGACACCCGAGUUGGAAGAGAGAGGAGUGGAUAGGACGAACCGACGACGAGAGAGGCAACGACGACCGACAGUCAGUCUUUACUUUUCUCCGUUACCUGCGCCUGCACCAGCGCGACAAACGACUGCUCUUGCUUUUCUGUCCGCAUUUCGAUUUGGAGAGCAUCUCUUCUUGGGACGACUUAUAUCCUCCGCUCGUCACCGUCGUCGUCUUCGCGAACCUUGGACGUCUUUAUUUGUUUUGGAACCACGACAAUUAGACACCACCAAACCCGUUGCAUCUUCACGUUUUUCUUCCCCUACCGCCCUUGGGUUUGAAGCUUAUCACAAACUUGGCUUUCCAUUAUUUAUUGCUUUACCAUGCGAGUCUCCAAUCUAGUCUCGGCAUUGCUGCUUGGCACUACCGCCGCCCUUGCACCAAUCGAGAUUGUUGGCAAUAAGUUCUUCGAGGAGAACGGUAGGCAAUGGUUCAUGAAAGGAGUUGCGUACCAAUUGAGGCCAGAUGACCCCUUGGUCGACGCCGAGCAAUGCGUCCGCGACGCCAACCUCAUGAAGACGCUGGGCACCAAUGCGAUUCGCAUCUACCACGUCGACCCCGCGGCAAACCACGACGGGUGCAUGGCAGCCUUUGACGACGCCGGCAUCUACACCCUCAUUGACUUGGACACUUUUGACUCGUACAUCCUUCCUAAUAACCCGUACUGGAACGAAACUCAAUUCAACGCCUACGCCAAGGUAAUGGAUACCUUUGAGAAAUACGACAACGUCCUUGGCUUCUUCAUCGGCAAUGAGAUUAUCGCGCUUAACAACCAGUCUCAGGUCGCCCCUUUUAUGAAGGCUGCUGCGCGAGACAUGAAGGCCUACCGAGAUCAGAAGGGCUACCGCAAGAUCCCUGUCGGCUACUCGGCCGCCGACAUUGCUGAGCUGCGACCCAUGCUGCAGGACUACCUCACCUGUGGCGGCAAACCAGAGGACAACAUCGACUUCUUCGGGCUCAACUCGUAUGAGUGGUGCGACCCCAACACGUACAACACUUCAGGCUACACGAAUUUACAAGCCAUGGCCGAGCAGUUUCCUGUGCCCAUCUUCUUCACCGAGACAGGCUGUAUCACUGGCCAAGGCCCCAGGACCUGGGAUGACCAGGACGCCAUCUUCAGCGAACCCAUGGUGGAUGACUGGAGCGGUGCCAUGGUGUACGAAUGGAUUUACGAGGAGAACCGCUACGGUAUCGUGUCGUACGGCCCCGAGGUCUCCAAGACUAUCACGACCGGCGACGUCUACGAUGGCUUCACCCGCAAGGGCACUCCGAUCCCUCGCUCGCCCGAAUUCCAGAAUCUGCAAGCCAAGUGGGCUACCAUCACUCCUACCGGAGUCAUGAAGUCCGACUACAACCCGACCAGUGUCUCAACCCGCGACUGUCCCAAGGCCACUGGUGGUUGGUUGGUGGAUGGAAACGUUCGCUUGCCCACUCUCGGAGAGACAUUCAGGGGCAACUUCUCGUCGAGUCCGACGGCCACAGCCACGGCCUCGGGUACCAGCGCUUCGGCAGCGCCAACAGAAUCCGCCGAAUCCUCGGCCCCCGAGAGACCUUCAGGAUCUGGCACCAAGCAGAUCGCCGGGAUGGCUUUCGGCCUGGUUGGUGUCAUGAUCUUCUUCACCGUGUGGAUGUAGCCGACAUACCCACCUUGUUUUCUUCUGUACAUUUAGUGCAUUCGCUUUUACGAUGAACUGGAUCAUGGCCUAUACCCCAUUUGCGAAUACACGGAGCUUCAUGAUGAAGCAAGGCAUUGCAUUGCGCAUGGCGUUAUUUUUAUCGAAGGUGGACAGCCUCUGUUGGCGGUGGAAUGGCUUGGUGGCUUGAAGACUCGGUCGAUGUUCCUUUCUAUUCAGGUAUCGAUCCCGUGGCGAGAGUAAUGGUUUGUUAAUUGUUAAUGCCUUGUUAAAGGGCGGAGAUGGCAGGCGUUCACGGCUCAAAGAAUAGACGGUGGCAGCAAAAGUCCCGAAUCGAAUAAUAGAUGCCAGUUCCCAC